CCCAUUCCCAUCUAGACUUUGAAUUUUUGUGAAGCCGCCGACUGCAUACGAUGGGUCUCUUGUCUGCUAAGCCGGCAUGGAGCGGCACAACCAUGGGCGGUGACAGUUCCGUGGUGAUCAUCCUCUCCACCCUUCAGUCGUCGUCACCGACCCGCGCCGAAUCCGUAGGGAGUUCCUGGAGCACAACGGAUGCCCCCGAGCUCGUCUUCAAAGGCGACGGACAGGGUGAUGUGAUCCAGCAAGAAGAGACACGCCUGGUGCCUCCUAGAGAAGGGCUAGAUGCGAAAGCUGAGCGAGUUCCAGCAGACGAAGGAUUCGAUGAUUACGAUCCAGCAUUUCCUGACCAGUCCACGUACAACAAUGCUGGCUCUGCCGUGGUAUCUGCUUCUAGAGUAGAUGAUGGCAAGGGAGAGGAUGGUUCUGACGAUGAGAGGGAGGUUAGCAGCCAGCCACCUAAAUGGCGGCGUAAAUUUGAAUAAAACGCUAUUGUGUGACGGUGUGGCAUUGCUAGGUGGGGGUGUGAUUGUGCGCUUGUACCUUUCUCCUAUCGCGUAGAUCGCUGGCGCAAAACCACGCCGCGUAUUUAGAUUAUGUGUGUCUUUUCUACGAUUUCCUUCUAGCUUAUGUCCCGAUGUUCAGUCUCAGUGUCCAGCCCGGUGCCUUUGAAUGCGUACUCGAAGGUACACUGGCAUUUGUAUUCACCAUAAUCAUUGUAUAGUCUAUGUACCAUUUCAAAGAAGCAGGCACGG